AAACAAAACGAUAUUCCUGAUAAUAGUGAAAUUAUUGCAGCCGUCCAAGAAGCUCCUGAGGGUGAGGGAGAAGAUAACGACAAAGACGAGGCUUCUAUUGUAUCUAACAAAUGGCUAUAG